AUGUAAAGAUUCCUUUUCAUCACAUUAUUGGCCUUUGGCACAUAUGGAGCAUUAACAGCAAAUUUCUGGUGUGAUUGUACAGAAUUCACAAGCUAAACUGAAUGCAACAAUGUUGUUGAUUGUGUUUGGGGAACUGCUUGUGGAGUAAAACCAUGUAAAGAUGUUGCAACAACUGUUUGUGAUACACUUGAUGUUUGUUCUUUAAAUAAUGCUGGAGUUUGUGAAGACAAAUAAGCUUGCUCAACUUAUGAAGCUGCUAAACCAAUUUUAUGUAUGAUUCAAAAAGGAAAUUGUUCUGCCUCUUUAACUGCAAAUGCAAAUGGAAAAUAUACAUGUUCAACCUAUACACCUGUCACAGAUUGUGCAGCUUUAGCAGUUACUGCCUGUAGCAAUAAUUUUGUAGAUGAAUAAAAUUUCUGCUGGGUAAACGCAGCUACAAAUAAAUGUGAUAAGUUUAAUAUGGAAUCAUGCUCAGGAAUUCCUAUGGACGUAUGUGCAGAUUUAGGAUGUGAUGCAUCUGGAACUGCAUGCAAAGCAGUCACAUGCUCUUCCUUUACAACUGAAUCUACAUGUACAGUAGCUAAUGAUGGUAUCUUCGGUGCUUAAACAUUAUGUAAAUGGGAUAAGACAGCAAACACUUGUGGAGAUAGAAGUGAUGUAGCAGAUUAUACUCAAGACACUUGUUCAAAGAAUACAGACGGAGGAUAUUAUUGGAGUAAUGAUGCUUGUGUUGCUUGUGAAGAUGAAUCAGAAGAUUCAAGCAGUCCUUAUCUAUUAGCUUCAUUGGCAGUCUUUUUAGCAAUCAUCCAAUGAU